UACAACGAUAACGAUUAUAACUUAUUUUCAAAACCUCGUUCUCUCUCUAUUCCCCUUCCUCUUUCUCAUUCUCUUUCCCUCCCUCUCUUCUUAUUUUUAUUUUCCCGGAGCACUCACCGGCGGCAGCACCACGUCUACGCUGUGUAAGAGACCUCAAAAUCUUGCUCUGUUGUGAGUUAAGAUCAGGGAGGUUGUUCUGUUGCGGUGAAGCUUCGAGAGAAGCAUGGGAAAUUGCAACUGUUGUGUGAAAGCGGAAGUCGCAGAAGAACCGCCGAGCAACCACUCAAACCACAGGAAGAAGAAGAAAUCUAAGGACAGAAGGCAAAACCCGUUCGCAGAAGACUCAAUUUACUCUCCGGCUCCGAUCCGAGUCCUGAAGGACGUGAUUCCACUGAGCCACCGAACCCGAAUCAGCGACAAGUACGUACUUGGACGCGAGCUGGGUCGCGGCGAGUUUGGGAUCACCUACCUCUGUACGGAUAGAGAGACGAAGGAAGCACUGGCCUGCAAAUCGAUCUCGAAGCGAAAGCUACGAACCGCGGUGGAUAUAGAAGACGUAAGGCGCGAGGUUGCUAUAAUGUCAACGCUUCCUGACCACCCAAACGUCGUGAAGCUCAAAGCGACCUACGAAGAUAAUGAGAAUGUGCAUCUCGUGAUGGAGCUCUGUGAGGGCGGUGAGCUCUUUGACCGGAUUGUUGCCAGAGGACAUUACAGCGAACGAGCCGCCGCGACGGUCGCCAGAACGAUAGCAGAAGUUGUGAGGAUGUGUCAUGCCAACGGAGUCAUGCACAGAGAUCUCAAGCCUGAGAACUUCCUUUUCGCGAACAAGAAGGAGAAUUCUGUCCUUAAGGCCAUUGAUUUUGGGCUCUCUGUGUUUUUCAAGCCCGGAGAAAGAUUUUCGGAGAUCGUCGGGAGUCCAUAUUAUAUGGCGCCGGAGGUUCUGAGAAGAAACUACGGGCCGGAGGUUGACAUAUGGAGCGCCGGUGUCAUUCUGUAUAUAUUGUUAUGUGGGGUUCCUCCGUUUUGGGCAGAGACGGAACAAGGUGUGGCCUUGGCUAUUCUGAGGGGGGUGAUUGAUUUUAAGAGGGAACCUUGGCCUCAGAUAUCGGAUAGUGCUAAGAGCCUAGUGAGGCAGAUGUUGGAGCAGGAUCCUAAAAGGCGCUUGACAGCUCAACAGGUGCUUGAACAUCCCUGGUUACAAAAUGCGAAGAAAGCUUCAAAUGUUCCCUUAGGAGAUAUUGUGAGGUCCAGGCUUAAGCAGUUCUCCAUGAUGAAUAGAUUUAAAAAGAAAGCCCUUUGGGUAAUAGCAGAGUAUUUAUCUAUCGAAGAGGUAGAGAUAAUCAAAGACAUGUUCGCAUUAAUGGAUAGUGAUGGAGAUGGAAAAGUAACAUAUGAAGAACUCAAGGCUGGGUUGCGAAAGGUUGGUUCCCAACUGGCUGAGCCAGAGAUAAAGAUGCUGAUGGAAGUGGCGGACGUUGACGGGAAUGGAGUGCUUGACUAUGGAGAAUUUGUGGCAGUGACGAUUCACUUGCAGAGAAUGGAGAAUGACGAGCAUUUCCGCAAAGCAUUCAUGUAUUUUGACAAAGACGAGAGUGGGUAUAUUGAAUUAGGUGACCUGCGAGAUUCAUUAGCAGAUGAAUCAGGUGAAAUUGAAGAUGAUGUUGUCAAUGACAUCAUGCGGGAGGUUGACACAGACAAGGAUGGGCGAAUAAGCUAUGAGGAGUUUGUGGCAAUGAUGAAAACAGGAACUGACUGGAGAAAAGCAUCAAGACAGUAUUCAAGAGAGAGAUUCAAGAGCCUGAGUCUAAAUCUGAUGAAGGACGGUUCACUUCAGCUUCAUGAUGGGAUUAGUGGCCAAUCAGUGGUUGUUUGAGUGAAAAAAGUUACUGUCCAUUUGCUUUUGCUUACCUGGCUGGCCCCUCCAUUUUCCUUCCCACCCUUUUUUCUUCCUUUUCGCCACUGUCUAUGCUUCAAAGUUAUGGCUGGCUCCUAUAAUUUCUCCCACAAAGCAAGGAUUUCAUCCUCUCAAAGUGUAAAGUGUGUUUAAAGUCAAGUAGAGAGAAAAGUGGAUGGGAGUGAAACGGGAGGAGAGUUUUCAUAUGCACCCACGCUUUCUCUGU